AGUGAAGCGUCCUGUUUUUUUGCUUGACACACUGAACUGUCGUGCCCUGCUCAUGAGUUGUUUGUAGUCAAGUGUUUGUUUUUGUUUCACAUUAAAAGGAAGUCGUUCAACGUCGAUUUAUAGCUAGGCCUAAGCUUAGCCUAACCAAGUACACCGUAUUGUAAAAUAACAAUGGAUGAUGAAACGCUAGUCAGGCCAGACAGUCCGUUUCUAAAGUCUAGGCCACAUAUCGAUAAAAGGCCUAAACUUCGCUUUAAGAGUCCCAAGCAGACUGAAGAAUGGCUGGCCUCCAGGGAGAAAACAGACUAUACAUAUUCCAGAAGUGCAAGUUAUUCAGAAUUGCAAGCACAAAAGAGUUUACACAUCAUCAGCAACAACUACCCAACGCCAAUCAUGUCUCGGAGAUCACACGGCGGGGUGUACACACGAGACGAAACCAGCUCAACAAGUUCAUUGGUUACUGGCGGUACACGACGUACAUCGGCACGUAUUGCUGCAAGGCAAGGACUCCCUCAAAUAGUCAGUGAUGUGAGGACGCCAUCACGUAAUGCAUAUACUGGAUACAGUGAAAGUAUUACGACAACAACCGUUUACACUGAUGAUGGCAGUAUCAUGUGCGAUGAGGUUGACUCAUCUGUCAGCUCGCUAUCUAGUGUCAGAGGUCGAUUAUUUACAAAUGAACAAUAUGCCGAUAAGCAACUGGACCAUCUCUAUGUGUGUAACCACUAA